AUGGAGGAGGAAGAGAAGUGGAGGCAGGCGCAGGUGGAGAUGUGGCAGUUUGUAAGUGAGCGGUUGGCAGGCGCCGCGCAGGGAGGACGAGAGUUGUGCCACGCGGCAACCAGGAUCCAAGCAUCGUUCCGGGGCCACAUGGCGCGGAAGCAGGCUCCCAAGGGCAAGCCCGAGGAGGACCUCAGCCGCGAGCUGCAGAAGCUCGACGCCAAGGGCAAUCAUGGACAUAAAAUGAGAAAGAGAAUAAGCAAUUUCCUAGCUAAAAAAUUGAGCUGA